CUUCUGAGAUGCAGAGCUCUAGUAUGAUAUGCUGUGUUGAGCGAAGCAUGUUGCCAUAAGUUACUUAACGCGGAUUAUCCUCAAGAAGUCCUCGGUGGUUAGGCUUGAGGUUGAUUCUGAAACGUUGAUCUGAUUUUGCAAGUCACUGAAGUCCGGUGUUUGAAAGGAUGUGAUGGGCCAAAGGGAGCAAUUAUGGAACUUGACUUGCUGACAUCUCAAAGCUUGCUUUGGCGGUAUGCUAUUUGGGUGGGAUAUAGGUACUAUUGGUGGAGUAAUAGUUAUGCCGUCUUUCAUAAAAUCAUAUCACAUCACUGCCUCCACUGCGGCCAACUUAAACAGCAACAUCGUUAGCACGCUUCAAGCUGGGUGCUUCUUCGGCUCAUUGAUAGCCUACUAUGUCGCAGACCGCUGGGGAAGGAAACCUGCGCUGCUUAUCGCAUCUGGCGUCACAAUACUUGGUAUUAUAAUCCAGUGCUCCGCUUCUGGAUACUUGUCCGCUCUUUAUGUGGGACGACUAGUUGCUGGCUUUGGGGUUGGAGCAGCUAGCAUGUUAACACCACUGUACGUGAGCGAAAAUGCCCCCCGAGCCAUCCGCGGUGGGUUAACAGGUUUGUAUCAACUAUUCAUCGCGUGUGGAACAAUGUUAAGCUUCUGGGUCAACUAUGGGACUCUAAAGAGCAUGACUGGAAAUGCCACUUGGCAGGUCCCGUUAGCGCUUCAGUGUCUUCCGGCUCUCUCUUUGUUCACGGGGAUAUGUUUAUGUAACGAGUCUCCCAGAUGGCUGGCCCGACGAGAUAACUGGGAAAAGGCAACAGCAGUCUUGUCUCGCGUCAGUAAUCUCGCCCCAGAUCAUCCUUACGUCAAAGACGCACUGGCAGAGAUGGCAGAGCAACUUGACAAUGAACGUCGUUUAAUCGGCGGCUCAACCUUUAUGGAUUUGCAGCGAGAGAUGUGGACCAUCAAGGGAAACAGAAACAGAGCUCUCCUCUCCAUCGGGCUUAUGGUUUGCCAACAGAUGACUGGGACGAACGCCAUCAACUACUAUGCUCCAUUAAUAUUCGAGGACUUGGGGAUCAGCACUACUACCAGCUCUCUCUUCGCCACCGGUAUUUAUGGCGUUGUAAAAAUGGUAACCUGCGGAGCCUUCCUGCUGCUCGCCGCAGACUCACUCGGAAGAAGACGCUCACUGCUCUGGACCUCAAUCGCCCAAGGCCUCGCAAUGUUCGUCAUCGGUUUCUACGUCCGCUUUGAUCCCCCCAUCAAAGGGGCCACGAUCCCUCCCGUCGGCUACUUCGCCCUGACCUGCAUCUUCCUCUUCGCAGCCUUCUUCCAAUUCGGCUGGGGUCCCUGCUGCUGGAUCAUCGUCUCGGAGAUCCCUACCGCCCGACUACGAGCUAUGAACGUCGCACUUGCAGCUGCCACGCAAUGGCUCUUCAACUUCGUCGUCGCUCAGGCGGUGCCGCAUAUGCUGGUCACGGUAGGACGAGCCGGGUAUGGGACCUACUUCAUCUUCGGCUGCUUCUGCAUGUCGAUGUUCUUCUUUGUCUACUUUUUGAUUCCCGAGACUAAGGGCUUGAGUUUAGAAAGAAUGGAUGACCUCUUCGGAAUUACGGAGAGCGCUAAAGCUAUUGGUGAUGAGGAAACUGCUAACCCAAGGACUGAGAUCCAUGAGAAGGAAACUUCGCACGUCCAAGAGACUACUACUAGUCCUGAUGUGCGCAAGGGAGCCACUGAGUCUGACGCUACUGUUGAACAUACCGAGAUUCGGAUCUGAGGCCUUUUCCUUUGCUAGCUCUUCGUAUGGAGUCUGGAGGAAUAUAUUAUAUAUCAGGAGAGAAAAGAUGGAGUAACCAUUGAUUUAUUAUCGGACAUAGUAUCUAGUCACCUCGCAGGUCACUUGCAGGAGUAAAUCUUGAAUCAAUUUGCAGGGGAAGAAAAGGACCUUUGCAAGGAAUUUACGACGUGCUGGAGUUCCAUCAGUUUGAACAUCUCCUUCUCCCUCCUAGAUACCUCUGAAGGAGUACCCGUAUUAAAAGCAAAUCCAC